ACUAAAUAAAUCUUCAUUGCAAAUAUAUAUUUAGUGAAUGCGGAAAAGGGUUAUAAAUUACUGUUCUACUGAAAUCGGUUUACCUAAUUACGAGUAUGUGCCAAGAUCGACGGAUGACAAGAUUAUGCGAAAUCAUAAAUUUCACCAGUCAAGCUCGAUUACUCUAUACUAAUUUAUCCAAGGUGGGCAACGAAUGGUACACUCGUCGUAUAGUACUGGCAUAAAAACACUGAAAAAGGUCGAAUAUUUCCUUGAAAUAGAAGACAGGUUGUGUGUUGUGAGAAGAGCCCUGACGGUAUGAAUCAGGAUCAUAUGCACAGAUGACGCCCGACGUUAAGCCUUCUCAAAGAAAUUAUGUGACGGAAUUGUGUCGCUGUGUGGAAAUGGAACGCAAGCUGUUGUAUAUGGAAGCAGAGAUGAUAAAGGAUAAAAUCAAAGUGGUUGAACAUAAUACUAUGGCACCGAAGCCCUUGCCGCUAAACGAAAUAGCAACGCUGGAGAAUAUACUCGAGAAAUGGGAAAACGAGGUAUUGGAAAUGUCCGAGCAUCAAACUACGCUUUUAAAGAAUUAUCUCGAGCUGAGUGAAAUGAACUACGUCUUAAACCAUAUUGGACCACUAAUGGGCGAAUCCGAAAUGACAGAAGAAUCAAUAUUUGGAAGAACUACAGCAGCGGGUGGGGAAUCAGGAUUUAUAGGUCGCCUUUUUGUGCUGACGGGUGUCGUCAAGAGAAGCAGAAGUUUCCCGUUUGAGAUGAUGAUGUGGAGAGUGUCCCAUGGGAAUAUUUAUUACAAACGAGCUAAUCAGGAUGCUAUAUUGCAGGACCCCAUCACUGGGCAAGAUAUUCGGAAGGUGGCAUUUCUAGCAGUAUGUCAGGGCGAGCAGCUAAGUGUCCGCCUAGAAAAGGUUUGCAGUGGGUUUCACGUGAAUCUUUACUCCUGCCCUCAGACCUUCGAUGAACGGAUGGACAUGAUGUUGCAACUUGGUAUUAGAAUUGAUGAUUUAGAAAGCGUAAUGAAAAAAACAAAAUACUACCGUUGUAAAGCGCUGCGUACUGUGAGUAAGCAAUGGGAAUCGUGGAUGGUGCAAAUAAGGAAAUCAAAAGCGAUCUAUCAUACGAUGAAUAUGUUCACCCUUGAUAUAACAAGGAAGUGUUUAAUUGGACAAUGUUGGGUGCCUGAUCUAGAUUUGCCUAAGGUUGAAGACGUUUUAUUAAGAGUGUCGGAAAAAGCGGAGAGCAAUGUGGAGUCCUUCAUAUUGAAGUCAGACGAUAGCGAGGACCCGCCCACAUAUCAUCGUACUAACAAGUUUACCAAAGGUUUUCAAGUCCUUAUCAACGCGUACGGUGACUCCACUUACAGAGAACUAAAUCCAGGUCUCUACACAGUAAUAACAUUUCCAUUUUUGUUUGCGCUCAUGUUCGGUGACUUUUGCCACGGAUUAAUAUUGCUGAUUUUUGCUGGUUGGAUGGUAUCAGUCGAGAAGGAGCAUAUGGAUAAGAAUUCUAAAAACGAGAUAUGGGCUAUAUUCUUUGGAGGCCGUUACGUUAUAUUGAUGAUGAGUUUAUUUACUCUGUACACUGGAUUCCUCUACAACGAGUUCUUUUGUAAAUCUGUAAUGGUUAUGACACCGUAUUGGAUGAACACUUACGACAAAGAGACGUUAGAGAAGUUCCGUUAUGUUGAGUUGAAUCCAGUUUUUGAAACGAAUGCACCUUAUAUAUUCGGGGUUGAUCCUGUUUGGGCGUUAUCUAAAAAUAAGAUUAUGUAUUUGAACUCAUUGAAAAUGAAAAUGUCUAUAAUAAUUGGAAUUGUACACAUGAUGUUUGGAUUGAUUUUGAGUCUUUUCAACCACUUGUAUUUUAAACGCCAUUAUUCUAUUCUAUUAGAGUCUAUACCGCAAAUUCUCUUCUUGACUUGCUUGUUCUUUUGGCUUGUCACGAUGAUUUAUAUGAAAUGGUUUAUUUUCAGUGGAAAAUACACGGAAGUAAAAAGAGGGGCCGGUUGUGCACCAUUAAUAUUAAUUCUGUUCAUUGACAUGGUACUGAUGUCCACCACGAAACCCGUUGAGGAUGAUUGUGAUGCUUACAUGUUCGAGGGUCAAGAAAAAUUACAACGGUUCCUAUUUUUAGUGGCGGUUCUUUGCGUACCCGUUUUACUUUUCGGGACACCGGUAUACCUUUACUACACCUACAAAAAGAAGAAAGAGGAAGCAUUGAAGAAAAUAAGUCAAUUUCGAAGGUAUCAGAGAAGAGAGUCCGAUAAAUAUGCAGAGGCAAAAAUUUUGAAAGAAAUUGCCAAGUACUCAACACCUUUUGGCGAACUAAUGAUUCAUCAAGCAGUUCACACAAUUGAAUUUGUUUUGAGUACCAUAUCCCAUACUGCUUCAUACCUACGCCUGUGGGCCUUAUCCCUCGCUCAUGAACAAUUAUCAGAAAUGUUAUGGGUGAUGGUGAUGUCAAAGCUAGGAUUAAAAGAUACUUCAAGCACCGGAUGUAUAAAAAUAUUUGUCAUAUUUGCCAUUUGGGCAGUUUUCAGUCUCUCCAUCUUGGUAGUUAUGGAAGGACUGUCAGCGUUUCUUCAUACCCUACGUUUGCAUUGGGUUGAAUUUAUGAGCAAGUUCUACUCUGGCACUGGUUAUCCUUUCAAGCCUUUUAGUUUUAAAGCAAUUUUGUCCAACGAUUCCAAAGAUGAUAAUACCGAGGCAAUGUGUAAGAGAAAAGUAGUAACCUAUCAAUGA